AUGCUUCCGAAUUCCUACUUUUCUCCAUUCGUUUUGCUGGUCCUCGGCGCAGUUUCCAUAUUGCUCCCUUGGCGUCGAUUUGGGUCCUUUCCAGAAAUUCAGCACGUCAAUUCUUCGCUAUCAUCGUAUUCUUCCACAAGGACGAGAGACUCUCCGAACGAAAAUUCUUCAAGGUCACCAGAUGGCCUAAUUCAACAUGAAACGAGGAACUCUCGAGGUGAUCGGUUACCUUCUACCUCGCAAACGCUGAUGGCCAUCAAUACCUCCUCCGUAACUUUAGGUUUGGCCAAAUACACUCCUGUGAAGGCCCAUCCAAGUUCCAACUCCCUGUUUUUAAGUAAGGGACUCCAUAAAACCACUGAGCGCAAGAGGGCAGAUGGUUCAACCACAAGCUGGUCACUCUUGCUGAAGGGAACGACGGGCGUUUCGGCACAGCAGAUUUCGGUUGUAGGCGAAAAACAUGCCCUGAUUAUUGACAAGGUUGAGCAUAACCCACUCAUGAUCAAUGGUCGUCCGGCCUGGGCGGCGUUGUACAACUUGGAGACUGAUGAAGUCAUGCCACUCAGCUUGAAGUCCAACUCAUUCUGUGCUGGUGGGAGCUACCUGAGCAAUGGCACUUUGCUCAAUAUAGGCGGGAACGCGCCUGAAUUCGAAAAAGCCGAGUUUGGAGAUACCAACGGUCUUCAGUCCAUUCGGUUCUACACGCCUUGCGAUGAUGGCAAAUGUGUCAUUAACGAAUACGACAAUAUUAAACUGACCGCUGCACGUUGGUAUCCUACCUCAGCUCGUCUCCCAGAUGGCAGUGUCAUAAUUGUUGGCGGAAGUACAGAGGGUGCCUUUAGGAAUAGUGCUAGAAUUAACAAUCCGACAAUUGAAUAUUAUCCCCCCAAAAGCUUUUCAUUCAGUUCAAAAUCUCCGAUUUAUUCGUCUUUCCUCAACCGAACCUUGAUAACCAAUUUGUUCCCCAUCGUCAUUGUACUUCCGAUACCCGAGACGAUUUUCAUUGCAGCCAACAAUGAUGCGAUGCUCUACAACUGGAAAACCAACACGGAGAGUCCACUUCCGCCGUUUCCUAACGGAGUUCGAGUCACUUAUCCGUUCACGGGUUCAGGCCUCCUCCUACCCCUAUCUCCUCUGAACGGUUACAAACCCGAGGUUUUAGUUUGUGGCGGAACAAAUUUAGACGACCGUUUGCCAGUUACUUCCCUGAGGGUAUCUGAUCCGGCAAGUCCUCAAUGUGUUAGGAUGGUGCUUACCACUCCCGGGAUCAAAGAAGGUUGGAAGAUAGAGCAGAUGCCUACCCCAAGAAUCAUGCCCGACUUGAUCAUGAUGCCAGACGGGAAGGUUUUGAUUGUAAACGGCGCCAAGACCGGAGCUGCAGGUUACGGCAAUUUGGUCGAUAAGGUUGGGAAUUCCAACGCCGACAAUCCAAAUUUCACCCCCGUGCUUUACGAUCCUACUGCGACAGUAGGACAGCGAUUUACCUCGCAAGGGAUGCCAACUUCAACUAUCCCUCGACUGUAUCAUUCAGUAGCUACGAUAGUCCCUAAUGGAAAAAUAAUGAUUGCGGGAAGCAAUCCAAACAAGGAUGUUACAACCCGAAAGUAUCCAACUGAAUACAGAGUCGAAUGGCUGUCUCCCCCGUAUAUAGAUGAUCCCUCUCGGCCAGUGAUUUCUGAAUUUCCACGCAUCGCAAACUAUAAGCAGCAGAUUACUGUGAAACUUGGCGGGACUGGGCCGGACCUCUCAAAGCUGCGUGUUGAAGCCGUCUUGCUAGAUCUGGGAUUUGUCACACAUUCGGUGCAUAUGGACUCUCGGCUAGUCAAGAUGGAAACUGCGGCUGAUCUGCAAAACAACGUGUUAAAGGUAGUCAUUCCCCCCUCUCCGGAAAUAUACCCACCUGGAUACGCCUGGCUCCACGUUCUAGUAAAUGGUAUACCAAGCACUGGAAAAAGGAUUAUGAUAGGAUCAGGGAAGCUCAAUGUUUGA